UCAUCAUCAUCAUCAGCUUUAUCAUCCAAAUCAUCAUCACUAUUAGCCGCCAUGUCCUCUCGUUCUCUCCUGUUGGUUCUCCUUGUUCUUGCCUGCCUUCAGUUCUUCGCAUUGGCUGAGAACAAUAGCCAUGGACCAACCCAAUGCUGUUUCACUUACCAGAAGAGCCGAAUUCCUAUUAAAAAGAUUGCAGCAUAUGAAGUAACAGAGCGUCAAUGUACCCAACCUGGAGUUAUUUUCAACUUAAAGAAUGACCGUUACGUGUGUGCUGACCCCAGCACUGAGUGGGUGACUUUUGCAUUAAUGUGUUUUGGUUCUUAUCGUGAUCAUCAUCCUUCGCAAUACUCAUCACCAUCAGCAGCCAUGAUCUCCCCUUUUCUCCUGCUGGUUCUCACCUGCCUUCAGUCAUUCACUAUGGCCAACAAUGCGAAAGGAUCAGAGGAAUGCUGUUUCUAUUUUGCCAAGUAUAAAAUCCCUGUACACUUAAUCAAAGACUACAAUGAAACAAGAAAUGACUGCACAAACCGUGGAGUCAUUUUUUCCUUAUUUAAUGGUCGCAGAUUGUGUGCUAACCCCAGCUUGGAGUGGGUGCAGAAAGCAAUCCAAAAAAUUGAUAAGCGCCAAGUUGAAGACUCAACUCAACCAGUGACCAAAGUGACUCUUAAGUAAAGCUGAAAUUAAGUGCAGCUUCAUUUUUUUUUUCACUAUACGCCUUUCACCUGUAGUUUGUUGCUUUGCAAAAUCAGUGUAAAGAUCAUGUUUGAACAAAAAUAUUUGCUUAAUUGAUGCUGCAAUUAUAUCACUGGUAAUAAUAAUUAUUGGUGAUAUUAUUUUAAUUCC